AUGGCGGGAUCUGAUGAGCAGCUCGACGCCCUCAUGGACGACCUCGAGGCGCAGGAGGACAGGAACGACGGCGGCGCCAAGCUCGACGACGGCGACAUCGAGGGGCAGGAGGGCGGCGGCGCCAAGCUCGACGACGGCGACAUCGAGGGCCAGGAGGGCGGCGGCGCCAAGCUCGACGACGGCGACGUCGAGGAGCAGGAGGCUGGCGGCGCCAAGCUCGACGACGGCGACAUCGAGGGGCAGGAGGGCGGCGGCGCCAAGCUCGACGACGGCGACGUCGAGGAGCAGGAGGCUGGCGGCGCCAAGCUCGACGACGGCGACGUUGAGGAGCAGGAGGCAGGCGGCGCCAAGCUCGACGACGGCGACAACCAGGAGCAGGAGGCAGGCGGCGCCAAGCUCGACGACGACGGCGACAACAAGGAGCAGGAGGCAGGCGGCGCCGGUGCCUGCGAAGACGAGUUCGCGAAGCUCUUGAUGGCGCCGAUCACGUCGACUGGGGACUUGGACGGGGGCCCCGCGCAGGAAGAGGAGAUGCUCGAGGCCUUGAUGGACGGUUCCGCCGACGCCAAGGACGGCGACAAGGGUCUCGCCGCGAAGGAGGACAUCGAGGAAGUCAAUGAUGAUGGAGAAUCCGAAUUGGCCGACAGCUGCCGCUUCAACUGGAGCGCCACCUUGCACGCGGGCGACCACCGCGGCAUCGACGAGCCCAAGGGUGGUUUGCAGGAAGAGCUGGAGCUCAUGGAUGCCAUUCUCGAGAAGAAUGCCCCCACGUGCGGCGCGCCCCUCAAGAAGAGCAACAAGAAGAAGAAGAAGAAGGGCGAGCUCAAGGGUGGCGCUUCUUUCGGCACGGGCAAGAAGAAGAGCAAGCGCGCUGGGGGGGCCGAGGGCGGCGACGCCGCAGGGCCCAGGGCCGCUGCAGAUGACAAGUGGGAUGAGGCCUGGGAGCAGUGGGGCGACGACUGGGACAACUGGGAGGGCGAGGAGGGCCUGGGCGACUCCACGCCACCGAAGCUGAAGAAGGUCAAGGCGGUCAAGAAGAAGAAAGACAUCGACGAGGAGAAGGUCACGGAGGAGCCAGCCGAGCAGGAGUUGCCGACCAUCAAGGCCAAGAGGAAGGCAUGGAAUGACAUCGCAGAGUUUGCGGACGCGGUGAACAGGGUGGCCGCCGCGGACGUGGAGACUUGGGAGAACGGCCCCGAGUUGUCCGAGAAGGUGCUGGUCUCGUUGGCGAUGCUGCCGCCGGAGGCCACCCCGCCGUACAAGCUGAACACCAACCAGAAGAACUACAGAGUCGACCUCGGCAACGGCGGCAAGGUGGAGGUGCAGUUGUAUCAUCGCCUGUUCAGGGUCAUCGAGCUGGCCAACGACAGGGACCUGCAGAGCUGCAGCAGGUUGAACUUCACGUGGUUGUCGUUCGACUCGGUGGCAGAGGCAUGGAGCGCGAUCGUUUCGACUGUCGAGGGGUGCGACUCGAGCUAG